GGAAGCGCCGGCCACGCCCCUCCGGAGCGCGUCAUUCACUGGAGAUUUAAAGAGCGCAGGUUCGGGAAGCCGCCGGUGCUUCUGGCUCUAGUUGCUGCUCUCCUCUCUACCUCAAGCUUUCGCCUCCGCCAUGCUCUCCGUCCGCGUCCCGCUCGCCACCAUCUCCGACCAGCAGCAGCUGCAGGUGUCGCCGCUAAAGCGACUGAGCCUGGCAGACAAGGAGAACACGCCCCCGUCCCUCAGCGGGACCCGCAUCCUGGCCAGCAAGGUGGCGAGGAAGAUCUUACAGGACCCCGCCGAGCUGGAAAGUAAAGUACCUGCCCCCAGCGUGGAUGAAGAACCACUAUUGAAAGAGAACCCCAGGCGCUUCGUCAUCUUCCCCAUUGAAUACCAUGACAUCUGGCAGAUGUACAAGAAAGCUGAGGCCUCCUUUUGGACUGCGGAGGAGGUGGAUCUUUCCAAGGACAUCCAGCACUGGGAAACCCUGAAGCCAGAAGAGAGAUAUUUUAUAUCUCAUGUUCUAGCAUUCUUUGCAGCGAGUGAUGGCAUAGUAAAUGAAAACUUGGUGGAGCGGUUCAGCCAAGAAGUUCAAAUUACCGAAGCCCGCUGUUUCUAUGGCUUCCAAAUUGCCAUGGAAAACAUACAUUCUGAAAUGUACAGUCUUCUUAUUGACACUUACAUUAAAGAUCCCAAAGAAAGGGAAUUUCUCUUCAAUGCCAUUGAAACAAUGCCUUGUGUGAAGAAGAAGGCUGACUGGGCCUUGCGUUGGAUUGGGGACAAAGAAGCUACAUAUGGAGAACGUGUUGUAGCUUUUGCUGCUGUGGAAGGAAUCUUCUUUUCUGGUUCCUUUGCAUCAAUAUUUUGGCUCAAGAAACGAGGACUGAUGCCUGGUCUUACAUUUUCCAAUGAGCUUAUCAGUAGAGAUGAGGGUUUGCACUGUGACUUUGCCUGUCUCAUGUUCAAGCACCUGGUACACAGACCAUCAGAGCAGAGAGUAAAAGAAAUAAUUGUCAAUGCUGUGAGGAUAGAACAGGAGUUCCUCACGGAGGCCUUGCCUGUGAAGCUCAUUGGGAUGAAUUGCACUUUAAUGAAGCAGUACAUUGAGUUUGUGGCAGACAGGCUUAUGCUUGAGCUGGGCUUUAACAAGAUUUUCAAAGUAGAAAAUCCAUUUGACUUCAUGGAAAAUAUUUCACUGGAAGGGAAGACCAACUUCUUUGAGAAGAGAGUAGGGGAAUAUCAGAGGAUGGGAGUGAUGUCAAGUCCGACAGAGAAUUCUUUCACCUUGGAUGCUGACUUCUAAGUAAAUUGAACAUGAGCUCUCAUUUUGCUGAUUUAUCUCCCCUUAUUAAAAAGCAGCAAAAAUGAAUCAACUGGCUACACCAUAAUUUGACAUUAAAUUCAUCAGUAGGCAUCUGUAAAACUGUGUAGCUACCUCAAAAUCCUGUACUGAGUGUCACCUACAAAAAGGACAAAGGAUAUUUAAAACAAAAGCUACUUGGAUUCUUACGGAAGAUCUUGGCCUGUUGACUUUUGCAAAUAGGUCGGCCAGCUAUGAUGUCCUCAUAGCACACGGCAGCUGUCCAGGCUGUACUGUGAGGCGACCCUCAAGUGAGCAGGAUUAAACAUCAGUUAUUACCACAAGGCAGUUUAAAGAUGUCAGCCUCGCUCGCUGCUUCUUGCAGACUAUAAAGUUUACCUAACUAGUUUGUAAAUAAAACUGGCACUUUGCACACACUGUACUGUCAAGGGGAAAGCCUGGUUUAUUUGGUUUCUAUACUAAGUACAGUGUUUUAUUUACCGCUAAUAGCCCCUUCAAAAUCUAAGUGACUUAAAGUUUAGUGUUGUAAUCACCUAAUUUCUAAAGAUUUUUUCUUUAAUGAAUUGAAAUGCCUUUUUAAUUGACUUUGAAGGCAGUCCUGUGCAUAGCUAGAUCUGUUGCCAGUCAUGCACUGGAUGUAUGUGUGGCCUUGUAGCCCAGGUUUUGUGCUAGGGCAUUUCCUGCUGCAGCAGAGGUGACCUUGUAACUUUUAAGUCACUAGAAAUUUAGACAUGACUUAAGACGUUUGCUAGAAGUGGGCCUGUCUGAAUUUGUGUGGGGGGCAGUAAUAUUCGUCUAUAAGUUGUACUUUGCCUCAUUUGUAGUUGGUAUGGAAAGAGUCUUGGAUCAGAUCCUUGAACCAUCCUGACCCACCUAGGAUCUUGAUCCUGUUCCAUGGUAAAGCCAAGAUUGAAAUUGGUUCUCCUAAAGUUGGAUUGAUUCUCAUUUUGUUUGAGUAGGUACUAUUGAGACUUAAUCCACUUGCAUUUAUUCCAUGUCUCUUAAAUUAGAAGUUUUUUUUAAACUAUACAUCCUUUUUAUUAGAUUUUACCUGUUUAUACCUUUAAAAAUUGCCUGAUGUUUGCAAAUGCUCAGGAGAUGUUACUGUAAAUUCUAACAUUUGCCUAAAUAUGAGUGUCACUUGGUGAUUUUUUUAUUUUUAUUUUUUUUAAAGACGGGGCUUUAACUGUGUAACUGGCUUGGCCUGGAACUUGCACAGGUAGACUAG